AUGUAUAGGCCACCUUCAAGCGGCGAAGAGUAUUUACGUAUGGUCCAACUGGAAGCAAAUAAAAUCCCGGACUUUUUUGUUGCCAAUAAACCUAUACAAAACAACAAUAUUGCAACCAGUUAUAAAUCAAAACAAGUCAAAAUUGCCAGCUGGGCUAAAAGAGGUUGGGCGAAUAGUCAGAGUAUUUCGAUCGAAGAACAAGACAAAAAAAAUAGAGAAAUUGGUUUGAUUAAUGAAGAAUGGGAAAAUACAUUUUUAAGCAGAUUUGAAAACUUGAGAGAGACGCUACAACGAUACGUUGCCAAAACUUCAAAAGGAAUUAAACCUUUGCCAAAUAAAACAUUAUUUCCACCUGUUAAAUUACCAAAUAAACAAGAUGAAGCUGGAUGGCUAAAAUUUUGUUACGGAUUAGAAAUACCGAAUUAUGAGUCAUCAACAAAAGUUUCAGAAAAUGAAGAAACUGAAACUGAUGAAGCGGCUGCGAUGAUGUUACCUUUUUUGAGUAUAAUGUCUCGACUAGAUCAGCCUACAACAAUUGCUUUACUUUUUUAUCAUAUCAAUUGGUUGGACAGUGGAAUUACGAUUACAAAAUCUCAAUGGCUUUUUGCAUUGUUUUUAAAAGUUGAUAAACUUGUGACUCGAGAUCAAAUGGCAAUUCUUAGAAGCGUUUGUAGAAAAUGCAUUGAUAUUAGACAAAAUCUCAGUAUGCUGGAUGUAGAAGAUCCGACAUUGGCCUCUUUGAAUAUGGUUAUUACCAUCGUGAGAAGAUAUUUUGGGCAAAGAGAUUUGGGAUAA